CCUUUUCUGGGCGGGAGUCGGGACACUCCGCAGUGAAGUGGAAGCGUACCCUGGCGGGCAACCGUUUGUAUGUACGUCAGUUUGCUAACAUCUUUGUGAUUCAGUGCUUGCAGAGUUGACCAUAAUCAAAGAAAUGUCUUCAGAACAGAACUUUUCAGGACCAGACCCUGACCAACACAGACGUGUAUCUGUCAAGUCCAAACCUGGAUUCCUGGAGCGUCUUGGUGAAACAGCGGGAGGAACAAUCCUCGGUGUUGGACUGUUUUUUCUCUCCAUCUAUAUUCUCUUCACUAAUGAGGGACGAGCUCUGCAAACAGCCUAUUCUCUGGAUGAAGGUCUCUCUCAGGUUAUAUCACUUGGGCCUCAUUCCAGCCUCGACCUGCAGAACAAUGACCGAUUAGUUCAUCUAUCUGCACAGCUGCAUACUCUGGAGCCCCUUCAUGACCCCAACUACGGCGUGGUGGUUCAGGCCGUGAAGCUCAGAAGGCAGGUGGAGAUGUAUCAGUGGGUGGAGCACCAUGAGAGCAGGGACUAUCAAGAGGAUGGGGAAACUAAAACUGAGACAACCUACACCUACAACACAGAGUGGAAAUCGGAGGUGGUCAACAGUCGUAAUUUCGAUAAGGAAAUCGGCCACCAGAACCCGAGUGCUAUGCCCGUUGAGAGUGUGACAGUGGUAGCCCAUGAAGUCCGAGUGGGACCUUUCAUUUUGUCCAAAGGCCUGGUGGAGCAGAUCAACGACUUUCAGACUCUAAGCCUACGGGAUUUCUCCGCUCUUAAUACAGCCUCCUUCCUCUCCAUUCAUGACGAUUACUUCUAUCACACUCAAUUCCCGCUGCACCCACUGGUUGGGGAUGUCCGUGUGAGGUUCUCCUUUGCUGGACUGAGUGGUGAGAACUCUCGCCUCGGCCCGCCGCUAACUGUGAGUAUUGUAGCCAUGCAAAGGGAAGAAAAACUGCUGCCCUUUAAAACCAAGUCUGGAGACUUUCUGGAAAUCAUCUACCUGGAGGAGCUCACUGCAGAGGAAGUGUUUGCCAAGGAGCAUCAGUCCAACAGAAUGAAGACGUGGGGACUAAGGGCUGCAGGCUGGGCCCUCAUGUUCAUUAGUAUUCAGCUGACCACACGCAUCCUCUACACACUGGUGGAUUGGGUUCCUCUCCUCAGAGAUCUGGUGUCUUUUGGCCUGAAGAUCUUCGCUGUGUGCCUCUCCUGCUCGCUGUCUCUUCUCGUCAUCGGAAUAGGUUGGCUUUUCUACAGACCGUUGGUGGCUGUGGCUCUGGGAGCCCUCGCUCUGCUUCCAGUGUUUUUGGCUCGUUCUGGUCUUCCACCAAAGAAGAAGGAAUGACUGUUGCAGUGAGGAUUUGACAUAUUUCUAGUUUGGCUGUAUCUGUCCAGCAAAAGUCAAUGUUAGACAGCUACUUUACUCGCACUGAGCUCUGAACUGCACUCCAACAGGCUUUAUGUUAUUCAUGUCACUUUUCAUUAAUGUGGCCUUUCAGAAAUGUAUUGAAGCAUGAAAACACCCCACCCGGCCAAUUUUUUGUGUAAAUGGAACCCAGCAGGCAGGUGCUGUCUCACCUGAUGGUGGAUGUUGCUUCAUAUUUCUGUAUGCAUACAAGAGCAAGCUUAAAAUAAAUGACACAGCCAAAUGUAAUAUUAA